AAACAAGAGCAUGCAAAGACUCAAAUUUUUCUUUGUUUCUUGCGAAUGCUUAAUUUCAGGUUACGUUUCCUAUAUAAACACAUGAUAAUCAAUUGUUACUUCCAACAUCACAAAGCUUUACAAAAAAGAGUGCAAGUGUAAGUUUCUCUAAAUGGGAUCCUUACUUUUAGUAUUGCCUUAUUUUUCCCUUCACUUGUUCUUAUUGCUGCUACUUACACUUUUUACUUCCUACACUUUUUCAUUAUGCAAUCCUCACGACACCUCUGCAUUGUUACACUUCAAGAACUCUUUUUUUGUCAACACUUCAUCGAAACCUUAUGAGUUUGAAAUGUUUAGGUGUUCCUCUUUUUCUUUUAAGACAGAAUCUUGGAAAAAUAGCAAAGACUGUUGCGAGUGGGAUGGUGUCACGUGUGACAACGUUUCAGACCAUGUUAUUGGUUUAGAUCUUAGUUGCAAUAACCUGCAAGGUGAAUUACAUCCCAAUAGCACUAUCUUUCAACUUAGACACCUUCAACAACUCAACUUGGCUUUUAAUGAUUUUGUUUUGUCUUCUGUGCAUGUUAGUUUUGGUGAUCUAGUGAGUCUCACACACCUAAAUCUAUCACAUUGUCUCCAUAGAGGUACUAAUAUUCCUUCACAAAUCUCUCAUUUAUCAAAAUUAGUAUCACUUGAUCUUAGUAGUAGAGGAUUUGGGUCUUUUAUGAAACUCAAUCCCUUCACAUGGAAGAAAUUCAUUCAUAAUGCUACUAAUUUAGGUGAGCUUUAUCUUGAUAAUGUCGAUAUGAGUUCAAUCAACGAGAGCUCUUUGUCUAUGCUAAAGAAUUUGUCAUCCUCUUUGGUUUCUCUUAGUCUAUAUCACACUGGGUUGCAAGGAAAUUUUUCAAGUGACAUCCUCUCUCUACCUAAUCUUCAAAAACUAGAUUUGUCAGGUAAUGAAUAUCUUAGUGGUCAACUUCCAAAGUCCAACUGGAGCACUCCUCUUAGAUACUUGGACCUCUCCGAAACUGCUUUCUCAGGUGAAAUUCCUUAUUCCAUAGGUCAGUUGAAGUCUCUUACUCAUUUAAACCUUCAUUUCUGCAAUUUUAAUGGAAUGGUUCCUCCAUCUUUGUGGAACCUCACUCAACUUACAUAUUUGCACCUUGCUGCCAAUAAUUUUGAGGGUGAGAUCUCAUCAUUACUUUCAAAACUUACAAACCUCACUUUGUUAGAUCUUGGAGAUAAUAACUUUAGCAGCAACAUUCCAAAUGUUUUUGAAAGUUUAAUCAAAUUAGAGUAUUUAUUCAUUUAUAGUAAUAAACUAGUUGGCCCAAUUCCAAGUAAAAUCACAAAUCAUUCAAAAUUGAUCAUUCUGUAUUUAGGACAUAACAUGUUAAAUGGAACAAUUCCACAUUGGUGUUAUAAUUUGCCUUCUUUAGUGGAGUUGCACCUCAACGACAACCACCUCACAGGAUUCAUUGGUGACUUCUUAACUCAUUCUUUGGAAUCUUUGAUUCUCUCUAAUAACAACUUACAUGGUCAUUUUCCAAAUUCAAUAUUUGAACUACAAAAUCUUACUUACUUAGAUUUGUCAUCAACAAAUUUGAGUGGUGUUGUGCAUUUUCACCAAUUUUCAACAUUUAAAAAUCUACGAUUCCUCAAUCUUUCACACAAUACUGCUCUUUCUAUCAACAUUGAUAACAAAGCUAAAAUCCUCACACCUAACCUUCAAGACUUAUAUUUAUCAUCAACUAACAUUACUAAUUUUCCUAAAUUCCUAGCACCCCUACCAAAUUUAAGAAUAUUAGAUCUCUCUAAUAACAACAUUCAUGGGAAAAUUCCCAAAUGGUUUCAAAGUCAGCUCUUAAGCUCAUCAUGGAAGAACAUUGAACACAUUGAUCUUAGUUUCAACAAGUUGCAAGGAGAUCUUCCAGUUCCACCAUAUAACAUUCAAUUUUUGUUGCUCUCAAAUAACAACUUCACUGGAGACAUUCCUUCAACUUUCUGCAAUGUAAUGUUCUUGGGUGUGCUCAAUUUGGCACACAACAAAUUAACAGGAACAAUCCCAGAAUGUCUAGGAACAUUUUCUUAUCUUCAAGUAUUGGAUUUACAAAUGAACAAACUCUAUGGAAGGAUUCCUAGAACCUUUUCCGAACAAAAUUUGUUUGAGACAAUAAAGUUGAAUGACAAUCAAUUGGAAGGACCACUACCACGCUCUUUGGCUCGAUGCACAUCCCUUGAGAUUUUGGACCUUGGAAACAACAACAUAGAUGAUGCAUUUCCAAAUUGGCUUGAAACUCUACAAGAGUUACAAGUACUCAGGCUACGAUCAAAUAAACUUCAUGGUAAAAUCUCAUGUUCUAGCAGUGAGCAUUCAUUUUCGAAGUUGAGAAUUUUUGACAUCUCUCAUAACAAUUUAAGUGGACCCUUGCCAACAUCAUGCAUCAAGAACUUUCAAGGAAUGAUGAAUGUGAAUGACAGCCAAACUGGUCCGGAAUACAUAGGUAAGGAGAGUUACUACACUGAUUCUGUGGUGGUUGUAAUGAAAGGUUUUUCAAUGGAGCUAACGAGGAUAUUGACUACUUUCACAACAAUUGAUUUAUCAAAAAACAUGUUUCAAGGAGAAAUUCCUCAUGUCAUUGGAGAAUUAAUUUCUCUCAUAGGUCUCAACCUUUCAAACAAUGAAAUCACAGGCAAUAUUCCUCAAUCUUUGAGUAAUUUGAGAAGUUUGGAGUGGUUGGAUCUCUCAAGGAACCAAUUGACAGGUGAGAUUCCGAUAGCUUUGACAAAUUUGAAUUUUCUCUCUUUCUUAAACCUUUCACAAAACCACCUUGAGGGAAUGAUACCUAAAGGUCCACAGUUUGAUACAUUUGAAAAUACAUCAUAUGAUGGAAAUACAAUGUUAUGUGGAUUCCCGUUGUCUAAAUCAUGCAAAAAAGAUGAAGAUCAACCACCACAUUCAACUUCUGAAGAUGAAGAGGAAUCAGGUUUUGGAUGGAAAGCGGUAGUAACAGGAUAUGCGUGUGGGGCAAUAUCUGGGCUGCUCUUUGGAUAUAAUGUGUUCUUCAUCGGAAAACCUGUAUGGCUUGUAAGAUUCUUUGAACGUAUGUUUAACAUAAGACUGAAGAGAACUCGCAACAGAGCCGGUGCAAAUCGAAGAAGAGGGAAUUAGUUUGAUGUCAGUGUUUUCAUAUAUUAAGAUAUUAUUGCUUGAAGUUUGAACUUUUUCCGUUUGUGUAAUGAAGCCUUAUCUCUUUUAAUAUCAUAAAGUUAUCUAUUUUAGAUAACUAGUGAAUGCUUGCUUGUGUUAUUUUCAUGUCUGUGUUGCAGCAUGCACUUUAUA